UMCCUGACRGCCUCUUCCGUAACCAAAAACAACUGAAAGUGUUAGAAAUGCAUAACAACAAGCUUGAAACGUUCAGGAGAUCUUCAUUCCGAGGCCUCUCGAUGCUUGAAAACUUAACGCUUCACAACAAUACUUUAAAAGAAUCCAGAAUAUCAAGUGAUGCGUUUUUAGAAUUGCAAAGCCUCAAAUAUCUGAAAAUUGAUAGCUUCAUCCURUGCUGCUAUGCCGAAAAGUCAAUUUCAGCUCUAAAAUGCGAKKCCGAAGAAAAUGAAUUUUCCAGCUGCGAAGAUAUGUUGAAGACUAGGAUUUUUUCUGUUGGUAUAUGGAUACAAGCCRUGUUUGCUUUGAUUGGUAACCUUGCUGUCAUCUUAUGGAGGACUGCAUUCAAAAAGAAGGAAGAAGUUUCAGAAAUAGCGAGAGAUAUGUCUARUGUACAAUCCUUACUCUUAAGAAAUCUGGCCGUGGCUGACUUUCUUAUGGGCAUAUACCUGCUGUUCAUAGGGGUACAGGAUGCCUUGUGGAGAGGAGAAUACUUUGAUCAUGACGUCRAAUGGMGAUCGGGAAUCAAGUGUCAAAUAGCAGGAGCCAUUUCAACACUUUCCAGUGAAGUUUCAGUGAUGAUUCUAGUUGUUCUCACUGCAGACCGAUUCAGUACCAUCMUUUUUCCAUUCAGUGGAAAACGUCUGAACUUCAAAUCUGCUCUUUGCGUUUGCUCUCUCCUUUGGGUCAUUGGAAUACUGAUUGCCUUCAKUCCUUUAGUUGCAACAAGCUACUUCCACGAURAARAGACUGACUUCUCCUUUUAUGGACGCUCGRCUGUUUGCCUCCCGUUACAGCUUUCKUCUAUCAAAGCUGCAGGGUGGGAAUACUCCGUUGCUGUUUUCAUGGUCUUCAAUGGUGCUGCUAUUUUAUUCAUCAUUGUUGCCUAUGUAGCAAUACUCAUUAAGAUCCAGAURUCCUCCAGAGCUGUUCCGGUASMAGGAGAGCCUUCAUCGUCUUUGGGUUCAAGAAUUAUGUUUAUUGUCCUGACUGACUUUUUCUGCUGGAUGCCAGUAAUCGUCCUUGGCGUUUUGUCACUAAUUGGCCAAUUCGAUGAUAAAACAGGAAAAGUGUAUGCUGUGAUUGCUGUUUUUGUUCUUCCACUCAAUUCCUCCAUCAAUCCUGUUAUAUACACAUUUGCUACUCCACAAGCGAGAAAAGCAUACCAUCGAACAGCACAGGCAUUACGAAACAAAUUACAGGUUUGA